UCCUCUUCUCCUUCCUUCCCCCCCAAUACCGCCAUUGUUGCUCUGUUUCUCUCUCUCAUUUUGCUUAUUCUUUGUUAAGUUUUAACCUAAUUUCAUAAUUAGGAUAUCUGAUCUGCGUCUGUGAUUAACUUCGUUGUUCUAUAUGCUCCGAGAAUCGUUCGUGUUUGCUUAGUUGCAAGGGAAGUAAUUAAUCUGGCUCGCUUCGUUUUUCCUUCUAUUCCGUAGCAACACAUUUAUAAAAGCCUGCAAAUCAUGUAAUUUCGGUUUGUCUCCUUCAAAUCCCCCAAAAAAACAAAAAAAAAAAAAUCGUAUAGUUUAGGUUUCGUUCUGGUUAUCAUGCGUCUGUAGAAACUGUUAUUUACUUUAGUUGUUUCUGAUCCUGGCAACGAUUAGGACGGCGGACGUGUAGCGUUACCUUUAUAAAAAUCUACGAAUCAUGUAAGUAGUUCUAAGCUAAUCUUUUUAGCUCAAUUUCAAAAAAAAAAACAAAAAAAGAAGAGAAAAAGAUAUUCAUCAAUAGAACAGAGGAAGAGAUCAGAUUAAGCGGAGGGAAAUGCCUGAAUCGGAAACGGGAACGCCUACUGCGUCGGCGCCGGCGACGCCGGGGACGCCUGGAGGUCCGUUGAUAUCUGGACUUCGAGUGGAUUCGCUGUCUUAUGAUCGGAAAUCAAUGGCGCGAUGCAAGUGCUUGCCGGUUACUGCCCCGACCUGGGGUCAACCACACACGUGCUUCAUUGAUUUUCCUGCACCGGAUGUCUCCCUGACUCGCAAGCUGGGAGCGGAAUUCGUGGGAACAUUUAUCCUGAUAUUUGCGGCAACAGCGGCACCCAUUGUGAACCAAAAGUACAAUGGGGCGGAGACGCUGAUCGGAAACGCCGCCUGCUCCGGACUAGCAGUAAUGAUAAUAAUUCUGUCAACCGGCCACAUCUCCGGAGCGCACCUGAACCCGUCGGUGACGAUAUGUUUUGCCGCACUCCGACACUUCCCCUGGGCGCAAGUCCCCGCCUACAUAGCCGCUCAGAUCUCCGCCUCCAUAUGCGCUUCUUUCACUCUCAAGGGAGUCUUUCAUCCCUUCUUGUCCGGCGGCGUCACUGUUCCCUCCGUCAGUCUCGGUCAAGCUUUCGCACUCGAGUUCCUCAUCAGUUUUAUUCUCCUCUUCGUCAUCACUGCUGUUGCCACCGACACUCGGGCGGUUGGAGAGUUGGCGGGAAUAGCAGUCGGAGCUACUGUCAUGCUGAAUAUUCUUGUGGCGGGACCAUCAAGUGGCGGUUCAAUGAACCCAGUUCGUACUUUGGGCCCAGCAGUUGCGGCAGGAAACUACAAGGCCAUUUGGGUUUACCUGCUGGCGCCUAUUCUGGGAGGCCUGGUCGGUGCAGGUACCUACACUGCCGUCAAGCUCCGUGACGACGAGGCUGAGCCGCCACGCCAGGUUCGGAGCUUCCGUCGCUAGUACUCUCCUCUCUCCUGUUACCGUGCCAUAAUAAUAAGAAACUACAAAUAAAUAAGGCUUUGUUUGACUACUGUUAAUUUGAUGUGAUUGGUGAUUUGGAUGCUUGUAAUAUUGUGUGAUGAAUUGAAUAAAUUGAAGGGCGACGUGACUAGAGGGUGUAAAUGAGUCAUUGGACGUGCCACACUAUCAAUCAUGCAUGUCAGUGUCACUGUUCGCUGUUGACACUUCCUGCCUAAAACUAUAAUGUGUGUUUGACUUUUGUGGGUUGUUGAAUUGAUAAAACUAUUUCGUGUAA